UUAGUUGUGCCGCGAAGCUGGUGCGACGUGUCACGAAUUAAAUUGUUCGUAUCAAUUUAAUAAAAUACAUUUUCAAUUACAUAUGUUGAAAAAAAAAUUGACAAGUACAUCGAAUUAAUAUUAAUUAUUUAAAAAUUAAAAAAAAAAGAUUUGUUACUCCUACAAUGUGUAAACAAUUAAAUUGCUAAAAAUAGUUCAGUACAAUGAUAGAAAUGAUUUAAUUAUUGAAUUAAAAUAAUGAACGAAAUACAGUUACAUUACAACGUAAUGUGUGGAUAUUAAAAAUAAAUUAGAGAACACAAGAUAUAGUAUGAAAAUAAAUGUGACAUAGGUCUGAAAAUAAUUGUGAAUUGCGGGAUGCUUUACACUGUUAAAUUAUCAUCAAGAACUACGAAUUUGAACUUUGCAAGCUCAGCUGUUUUACUUGGCACCCUAUGGUUAUUCAUUAUCACUCGUCUCUCCAGGUCUCUGUGGGUGUUACUGUGCCUCUACUGACAAUGAAAGUGGAUCUGUGUAACCUGGCAACACGCUAAAGAUGUAAAAUAAUGUUUUUCACCCUUUUGCAAUCGCGACGUUGAAUUAUUAUCGUCAUUAUUUUUUUUUUGAGAUGCUAGAGCACUGGAUGGCUAUCAACGAUACAGACACAAAUAGUAGCAUAUUAGGAAUAAAAGAGGUCAUAGAAAAUCCAGAUUCAGCGAUUUUAUUCGGUGAUUAUCCUCAAUGGCUUCUUUAUUUUGCUGCCGGAUGCUGCGUCCUCUUCAUGUUUAUUGGCAUACCUGGCAAUCUCAUCACAAUCGUCGCACUCUUUCGCACAAAAAAGAUGAGAAAUGCAACAGCCGUAUUUAUAAUGAAUCUAUCGAUAUCGGAUCUCAUGUUCUGCUGCUUCAAUUUACCUUUAGCUACAUCUACAUUUUGGUAUGGCUCAUGGACUCAUGGACCACUUUUAUGUCGACUGUUUCCAUUAUUACGUUACGGUCUCGUCGCCGUAAGUCUUUUUACGGUACUGGCUAUUACAAUCAAUCGAUACGUAAUGAUUGGUCAUCCUCGAUUAUAUCCAAAAUUUUAUAAGCCAAGAUACUUAAUAUUGAUGGUAAUAGCAACAUGGAUAUCCGGAUUUGGUGCUUUAGUGGCAACUUGGUUCGAAAGAUGGGGACGAUUCGGUUUAGACCCCCGCAUUGGAUCAUGUUCAAUAUUGCGUGACGUCAAUGGUAAAUCACCAAAAGAAUUUUUAUUUAUACUCGCAUUUCUUACACCUUGUAUUGCAAUUGUCGUUUGCUAUGCAAGAAUUUUUUACAUCGUACGUAAAACUGCUAAAAAAAGUCGCAGACGUCAAGAAGUUACAACGGAUUUCGUUAAAGCGACAGUUGAGGUUAAAUAUACAAAACAUUUCGAAGAUUCUGCAUUAGGUUCAAGUUGUGCUGGAACAGGUACAUCAGAAAAUGCUGGGUCUCCAUUGAAAAAUGACAAACUUCAUCAUAGUCAACAAAUUAACACUUCGUUUUAUUUUAUUUCCGAUAAUGAUAUUGAUAAUAAUGAUAUUAAUGAUGAUGAUGAUGAAAUGAUUGAUAAAAAUGAUGAUUUAAGUAUUGAAAAAAUAUCAGAAUACGAUAUUAAAAAUAACAGUAAUAAAAAAUGUAAAAAAAAUAUUUAUACUGUUUCAGUACCAAACUUUAAUUUUUCUAAUGUCGAUUCAUCAUCUUCACCAUCACAAGAUAAAUCAUUGUCGCAUGCUGAUAUUAUUAAUAAAGAAAAAAUAGUAACAGAUAAAUCGAUAAUGUUAAACAAUGAUCGAUGUUUAAAAGUACCAAAAGAUUUUAUUAAAAAUAGUGACCAAUUUUCACCGCGUAGUAUAAACCCACAAUUAUUAAAUUCAAAUAAAUAUGAUGGUUCAGAUGUAUCUGAAGAAUUUGUUAGUUCACGUUCGGAUUCACCAUGUGAUAAUAAACGUGUUAAUAAUAGUAAUAUUAAUAAUAAUAAGAGAGGUAGUAUUUUUCGGCGCGAAUUACGAUUUCGAAGUUUUAAAACUCGCGGUAAUGAAUCGGGUAAAAUGUCAGCUAAAGACAAAAAAUUAUUAAAAAUGAUCCUUGUUAUAUUUUUGUCUUUUGUUAUUUGUUAUUUACCGAUAACGAUAACUAAAAUAUCGAAAGAUAUUAUUGAUUGGCGUGGUCUUAAUAUUGCUGGUUAUAUACUUAUUUAUUUAACGACUUGUAUUAAUCCAAUUAUUUAUGUUGUUAUGAGCUCUGAAUACAGAAGUGCAUAUAAAAAUGUUUUACUUUGUCGAGGUGAUUCAUUUUAUGAUUCUAAGAAACGUGGUAAAUAAAUUAUUUUUUUUUUUUUUUUUAAUUAACCCUAAUCGGUCGAACAUGGUUCGGUUGUGUCUAUGAAUUUUCAAAUAUUCUACUGUAAACAGCCUACAUGCCUCCGAAUUUUCAUGAAAGUGUUUAUUGAAAAAGGGAUUUUCGGGACUGGCAACAACUCUAUCGCACAGUUAUAAGUCCAAAGAAGACCUACGAAUUUAUUCAGAUUUUUCCUUACAGAGUAACAUAGUUAAAGAAGCAGCGAACGCUAACGAUCCAUGUUCACAUGCGACACCGAAUUAGGGUUAAUUAAAAGCAAAACUCUUAUUAAAACUACAUCUAAAAUUUUAUUAAUUUAUUAAAAAAUAUUCUAUGAAAUUUUAUUAUUUUUCAAUUAAAAAUACUUUAUUACAGUACAACCUCGUUAUAAGUUACUCGAUUAUAAGUUACUUCCUCUCUAUUUGUUGUCGCUCGUCUCGAAAUACGACCCCCAUUUCAGUUCCACUAACGCAGUUUUUCGGUUGUCGUGAAGAGAUUUCUUCUGCAGUCCUUUUAUAAGUUAAUAAAGUAUGUGCAUAGAUAAAUGACAAACGUCAACUAACUUAUAAAAGGACUAGACACAAACACGAACACGACGCAUACAUAUGCAGAAAACUGAGCGAUCACCGAGUAAAUGAUAAGAGUAGGGAAAAGCCAUUUUCAAAAAAUUUUUCUUCUACAGCCCCUAACAGUAACUUAUAACCAGGUUGUACUGUAUUUUAAUUUUAUUAAAUGUAUUUAUUAAAAAUUAUAAUUACAGUUUAAUUAUACGAUCCAAUUUUUAAAUUUUCGUUGAAAUGAUCUAGAAGCCAAGCCAUUAAAGUUGAGCCUCACUUCAUCUUUCUUUAUAAGAUCAUAAUUUGUUGAGUUGCAAAACGAAAAAAAAUAAUCAGAAUUUAGUGUCUUAAUUUAAAAUUUGUAUCUUCUGAUUUGGAUAAAAUUUACAAUGAAUAAUUUGAUAUUUAAUACUUUUUCAUACUAAAUUCAAAAAUCAUUUCCACUCGUUUAGUUUUUUUUGAGAAUUUUGGUAUGACGUAAUCUGACACUUAUCUUCGCUUUGAGGCAAACAUUUAUCGUUGGCUUCAAAUAUUGUGUUUUAGUCACAGAUAUAAUUAAUGAAUAAAUAUGACGAAAUCGAGAAUUUCAUUUUCAGGCGAGUAUAAAGCAUAGCCUCAGCGCUUCGCGCUCAAGGCAUGCAAUACACUUUAAAAAAUUUGGGGAGUUUAUUUUAAUAUUAAAACUUUGAAUUGUAGUGAAAUAAAAUCCGUAAUCACUCCGAAUUCACUCCUGAUUUUUACAGUGUAAUUAACAAUUAUUUUAAUUAUUAAUUGCGAAUAAUUAAUAACUGAUUAAUUCAAUUUAUUACUUGUGAUAAAAUGAAUCAUGCUUUUAUUAUUUUAAAUAGAGUUCGAGAAUAAAAAAAUGUGUAUAAUAUUUUGACCUCAGAUUACGGCUUCUGGACCAACCUAAAGUCUUUUGAUUUAAUUUUUAAUAGCCUGAGAUAAAGUAAUUAAUCAAAGCUUUUUAUCUCUUGCUCUAAAAAGAAAAAAAAAUUGAGUCGAAAAUUAAAAUUUUUGGAUUUUAAAAUUUUAUUGCCCAGAUCUGAGUUAUUUUUACUUAAUUAAAAA